AACGAGAACAAAAAUAGCCUUGGAGUGUCAUUUUUCAUGAGUCUCCAAAUGAUCAUUUAAUGCUCAAAGUCUCAAAACGCUUCUUCUUGCAAGGGUUAGGUUUUGGUGUGGUUUCAGGCUUUUAAAUUCUUUUGGUGGUUGAACUCCAAUAUCAAAGCCAUGGGUUGAUUUUGUGGGGUUUGUUUGUUGUCUUCCAUUUGGGAUCUUGAUAUCUCUUACCACUCAAAACAAAAGUUAUACAAAUCGGACAUUGAAACAGAGUUGGUUUCAUGUUAUCAAAUUACAGCAUGAACAUUUCCAGAGAUGCCAACAAACCCAUGCUUCAAUGGCAGCCUCAACAUCCAAUUCAGGGUAAAGACCACGAAACCUCCUCUCUCAUUGAAUACCCUUCAUUCAAGAAACGUAGAAUUUGUGAAAAUUUUGUCCCCAAUCCAAGUAUCCCUGUCGCAAUGAAAGAAGUAGCCAGUGGUUGUUUUAAGGCCAGGCAAUGUGGGCCCAAGUGGAAAGAGUUUGCUGAUGACUCAAAAAAACUUUGUAGAAUGUUCUGUACUGGGAGAAAUUGUAGUUAUGGGGAUAGGUGUCGAUUUCUUCAUGUAAUUCCUGAUGAAUUUCGGGACAUUUCCAUGAUAAACAUUGUGCCUGGUGCUGCUCCAGUCUAUCAAAAUAGAGGGUCUGGAGAAUUGGAUUGCAAGGGUUCUGUUGGUUCUUUGAAUGUUGGUAAUGAGGUGGUUCCUAAGCCAACAUCCUGGAAGACUAAGCUAUGCAAUAACUGGAAGAUGACUGGAGGCUGCCCAUAUGGAAAGGCGUGUUGCUUUGCUCAUGGAGAAGCAGGUGGCAUUUUCAUUUGCAGAACUACAGAAGCUUGGUGGCCAUUUUGCAUUAGAAUCUUAGAGUGUUACCAACUUUUUCUUUGAAGGACAUUGAUAACAACAGGGAAUGGUAUUGGGAAUCAUUUCUAGCAGCAACUGCAGGAAACGAAGGGGUCAUUAAAGCGCAAAGAAAUUGUGAAGCUACGCAAUAUCUUGCUGAUUGGAUUAAAAACAUGACCACUCUGCCUACCCCCUCAUACAAGUGAAGAAUGUUAGAUUACUGUCGAACGGACUAUUAGAGAAAUCCGAGCUGGAAAUCAAACUCUUCUAAGAUUAGGGAAGUUGACUCUGACUUGUGUGUAAAAUAUUGAUAUUCAAAUUCUUGCAAUCAUUGCAUAUAGAUCUGAAAUGGUAGUUGUUCUAGUUUCCAAAUUUUGCAUAUAUUUUAGGAAAAUCUUAAACUUAAUAGGCAGUCUUGGAUUUAGUUGUCUUGAUCUUCCAAUUUAUCUUCUUGUUCUGUUUUCUCUUCCCUG